CAUUGCGUUUCUCAUAUAAUUUUCAUAAUUUGUCUGGGCUUUUAGCAAAUAUAAGAUUUAAUUUUGUGGUUUUUGAAGUGAAUAUUUUAAAAUGUGUUUCUGAAAAUAAAAAAUAUUAUAAAAAUGGAUCAAAUUCGUAUAGAACGGUAAAAUAGAAACCUUAGAUGUGUAAAUAUAAGGAGAGAAGUUAUAAAGAAAGAAAAUUGUGAAGUUUUGUAGUGUGCCAUGGCAGACAAGAAUUAAGUGAAACAAGAAAAAAGUAAAUAAAAAACGGCAAAAUAAAAGUGUUGUUGGAAGGAGGAGGUGGUGGGUGCUCUAUUUCAAUUGAGAUCUGUGAAGGGGGCUAUUUGUCUUGUUUCGUUGUACAAAAUGUAGAAGAAAACAAAUGAAGAAAAAAUAAAGUAAUUACUUAGAUGCGUACAUACAAAUGUAUUAUACAAACGUGCAAGUGGUAGAAGAAUAGGCUAAAAAUAAAAUCAACUGAAAAGGGAAUGCAAAAAUUAGAGACGAAUACAGCUGAGAGCGCAGCUGUUUUUGUUGCCGACAUUCGAGAUUUCCGACACUAGUUUGUGAUAUGGCACUGCCUAUGUAAAGUUUUACAAAAAUAUACGGGACAGGAAAACAUGCAUUAACUGAUACGACAAAAUAUAUAUGUAUUUAAAAUCGUGCAAUCAAUGUACUUGGGAUUUCGCAUUAAUAAUAUGCAAUAAUACGCCUAACGUUUACUUUUAAAAAUAAAUGAAAUAAGUGUAAGAAGAAGUAUAAUGGAAAACAACGAAGACGAAAUGAGGCGCCAUCUACGUCAUGAAAUCGAAGUUCCAGCAUAUCAUCAUGAAAUGGAAAUCAACGACAAUGGACACGACUCAUAUGGUCUGGUCUACGAUCGUGGAGAACGCACAGCGACUUUGGGAUUGUCUAUCGAACAUAGUCCAUUAGCGUUCUUUAUGGGUACAUCCGCUGAAUCUGCUGCAGCUACUGCCGCGGUAACCAAUUAUCACAACUUACAUAGCUAUCCGCCAUCUGUACUCACACCAACUACACCAUCAAAUGCAGCAACACAUUAUGAAGGUGUUACAACAACGAUAUCGUAUGAUCCUGCUGCGAAUGCACCAUCACCUUCCGUGUCCACACAACCAAUGGUUAGUUCUAUUGGAGUACAAAUGUAUCCACCGGUGCGUCAUCAUAUGCAUCAUUACAAUCACGUACAUUCCCAUCGCCAUACUCUGACACAUCGACCUCACCAUAUAGUGCAUCCACACAUUCACCCACAUGUGCAACAGCCACAGCAACAGCAACAGCAUCAAAUCCACCAUCAUCACAAUAAUCACCAUCAAACUGCACACUCCGCAACUUCCACCGUACAAAUGGAUGGUGAUCCUCCAACCGAACGUUGCGCCUACGAUGCUUGUUUGAUAAGACGUGAUCCUUACUUAGUGUGCAACAAGUGUUUAACAGAGACAUGCCACUGCUCACAAAGUACCUCUAGCGGGCUCAACCACUCGUCUUAUGACACCGUACAUGGUGCAGACCAUAUGCCCACCCCACAUCAUGAACAACAACAGCAGGAAACAUUAUUGACAGAUAAUGUUAUCUCAAAUGAAUUGGCGAAUGUUGAGCACAUGGAUAUUAGUGGGUUGACAGAAGGAGCAAAUGUGAAUGUUGCCACUAGUUCCAAUGCAAUUAUGCAAUUGCAAGACACUGAAGAAGCCAACGCAGUUGGUGCUGUUAAUGAUGAGCACGAUUAUGCUAUAGGUAGUUAUUGGACACCUUCAGAUACAUCAAGUGAUGGCGCUGUCCUAUCUUUGCCACAUGUUACUGCUACUGCUGAUACUCCAAAGACUGAUAUUAAAUGCAAACAUAUGCUUGCCAACUCCACACAACAAAGCGGCGAAAACACAACAAGGGGGACUGCUGUAAAUAAUGUCCCUUUUGGUUCUGAAAAUCAAAGCCACUUGACACAUAACAAUACUGUCCGUACACCCCAUUAUGCUGCAGUGUCUACGAUAACCAGUAGUGUUAUGGCAACUGAAUCAUCGACUGUCGCUGAUGGCAGUACAUCCGUCGAUUCGCUGGAUGAUGAAAUGAUGGUGGCAUCGACCACGACCGCAUCAAACGUUAAUGGCGACGAGGUGGCUGAAGGUGAUCGAGAGUUGACGAAUGAUAUCAGCCGUAACGGAUUAACUAUGUUGGCGAGUGCAACGGCUAUUGAUAGAGAUAAUGAUGAACACUUGCAAUCACCGUCGGAAUCGAGCGAGGCGUUGGCGAAUACAAAUGAGUCAUUUCAUACGUCUCCUAUAUCACUAAAUAAUAGCGACGAAGUGACAUCUGCAUCUGAUUCCGAACGCGCACAUUUUGCAGACACAUGUACCACCAACACGACUACAACAACGUAUGCUAUAAAGAAGCAGGGCAAGCCUUCAAAUGUUGUGGGCUCUACUGGUGGCAAUGCCAGUGGUAAUAAUAAUGCCGGCGGUGUUGACGGUAGAAGCAGCGUUGGCAGUUCGAUCAGUAAUCGUGGCUCUGUGGCCAACAUAGACGAUUUAACUGACAUGGAUGCAUUACCUAGUUUUAGUGGAGCUUCAAACAACAAUUGUGCCACCCCUACCAGCUGUAAUGAUGAAGCGCAUUCAUCUACUAGUUUUCGAUCCCUUGGCUCAUCAGCAUUCGCUUUAUUCAGUAAUGAUCACAGUCGACCAGCCAAUCAGACAGAUGAUGAUGGUGGUGAUGAUGAUGAUGAGAUUAUCUGGAAUUUGCACAAACCGCGCAUUCAUAGCAAUACUAGCACUCCCGGAGGAGCACAACAAGUAAGGCCGAAUCCACAUGAAUUUCUGCGUUGGCGGGAACGUGAACGUCAACGCAUUAAAGAACGCGAACAGCAGCAAUUUAGACGAGGUGAGGUUACUAGCGAUAUAGCUUGGUUGCGUGAUUCUAGUGAAGAUGGAAGGGAUAGACGCGAAAUAUAUUCACAUGAAAGAGCAAGUAGCAGUCGUCAAGCAGACGCUACUUCAAGGGCCGCCAAAAUUCCCCGAAUAAGCAGCAGCCUUGGACGGUCUAAUGAUGACAAUGCUAGCGUUAGUGGCAUAUCUGAGGAGAAUAAUGCUGAUAAUGGCAGCGAUUCUACCGAUAUGCGAACAGCACGUCGUAAAAUAUGGCGAAUGCUGAAUGUGCAUGAGUCGAGCGAGGUGGAUGAAGUACCACAACCGCCCUCUACCCAGCAUGUGGCGGAGAACACUAGGCCUUUGACACCACCAAUCAGUACAGGGCCUUCAGACAGUGGCUCAGCACUCGAACAGCGCUCAUACGUGAUCACAUAUGCCGGUCAUAGUGUUGGUCAUUCGACAGAAAGCAGUGUAGUGCUGCUAGAAGAUAGUGAUAUGGAGGAACAUCCCCAUAUUUACAGCAAUGGUUAUUCAGUGGAAUCUGCAUCCGAUACGGGUGAGGUAAGCGCUGCAGUAAGUUUACCGGCAGUGGUAAUGGCGACGUCAUCGCCUACCGUAAUACAGCCCUACACCGAUGACGAGCAACCAACAUACUCAGGUGCAAUAGCAAUUAGUUCUAUUGAAGCUUCUACAUCCGCCAGUGGAGCGAUUAAAAACAGUUCGGUAGCCACAGUGAGCAUAAAUCCAGCAUCCAUGGAUAUAGCCAGUCGAAGUGGUCGAAAUAAUGAUGGUGCAGCUGUGUUAACAGCACCCGAUUUGCAAUUGGAUUGGUUAUCAGAUUCCACAGGUGACGACGAUGAUGUGGUUUUCGUGCAUUCCACUCGUGAACCAAUUCUCUCUAUUGAUCUUACUACCGAUGAAGAUGCGCCUGCCCCAGUUCAAAAUGUAAGCGGUGAUGAUGGUACUGCAACAGAAUCGAAUGAAGCAACAAUAGAGGGAAUGGAUAGCACUCAAUCGAACUAUUUCCGCUUAGGUACACAAUUUAGAGACGUUGCAGCAGGUGGUCCAUUGCUGCAUCCAUAUGCAGUGGUACCACCAGGAUAUCAACAAUGGGAUGCAGGUGGUCAGAAUAAUCAACCACAACAGUCUUCCAAUAUUGAAACUGAUGAUCCAGCAGCGCAUCCGCAACACCAUCAUGAUUGUAUGAGGCAUGCCGUUUAUCAGCCGCAACAGGCACAUCAACCUCCACAUCAGCGCUUCUCCUCUCUGUUACGUAAUCGACAUUACAAGUAUAUACCCCGUCCGGCACCAAAUCCGUUUUACGAACCACAGCAAGCCCAUCAGACGCAACAUCAACGACCCAUGAUGCACGAUAUACAUGGCCUAUGCCCAGAAAUGCGACGCCUGCGACGUUCACCGCAAUUGAAUUUGCCUACGGCAGCCGCCACGAUGGGUCGGUCGGCGUUACCAGUGCUACGUAGCGGUGCGGCAGCGACGGCACCAAGUUCGGACGGUGCUAUAAUUUCGAUACCCACGAUAGAGGAGGUAUCGUUGCAGGAUUUAUUUGGCGGUCGUGUACCAGGUGCUCAUGCACCCAUGCAUCAACAUCAGAGUCGUAAUGAAGGAAACAAUCUACUUUACACAAUGCGUUCGGCUGGUCCUUUACGCUACCCCAGGGGUAUUCCUGCUGUCAGCCUAAGUGACAACGUUGACGCAGCAGAUAGUUCGAAUGUUGCUGUUGGCAGCAGCGGUUCAUAUGCAAAUGCACCAGUUGGUGACAACAGCAAUAAUAAUAAUAAUAAUAGCAGUCCACCAAUACCACAAAUCGCGCCAUUUUAUUUGCACUGUCGACGCGGCGACGAUGAAAUAUCUCCAAUGCAACGAACCAUUCAUUCACAACAGGAGCCCACACUCAUUCCUUCAUGUUCGUUCGGUCGUAGUCGUACGACAUUAGCCGGUGCGGCGGCCGCCGCCGCAGUAGCUGCACGAGCUUACUCGCAUACCGACAUCAGUGCGGGAAACAUCCAAGGCAUAUCGCCUACCGCACCUAACUAUAUAUCCCCAGCCGUAGUUUCUGUAGCACCCCCGCCAGGUCCACCGUCCGAGACUGCUUCAACCCUGACUGCCUCUGGGCAUACGAGUAAUGGUGGUGGUGGUAGUAGUGGAGGCAGCGACGAACGCGUCCGUGCCAUGGCGCCCUAUCAUGAAUUCGCGGCACGAGCGCCACUUCCUACGUUGAUGGGUCGUCUCCAACCAAGUGGUAGUGGCAUUGGCGGUCCAGCUGGAAGUGCUAGUCAUCAUAGUGGUGCUCAUCAUGGCGGUGCAGCACCACCGUAUCCCGUGCAUCAAAAUCUUUGGUAUCGUCAACAACAUAUACAGGAAAUACAUCGUCGCCACAUGACUCCCACGCCCAUUGAUUUGUCCUCGAAUCCCCUGAAUUUAACAAAUAGUUUCCGCUGGCGCUCACAGCUGCCGAAUACGUGUUCGUGUGUACAUGCCAGCAAUGGACCGGUGUCCAGUUUGGAUCCGGCUUACUAUCCUUACGAAGCACAACAGCGUCGCCGUUCGGCCGUACAUCACCACAUGUUCCAUCAUUACUCACCGGUGCAUCUGGAAAUUGGUCUUUCUACACCGCUUUCACACAUAGGACCACACAUUUUAAUUGGUUCAGCCAUAAGACCAAAUCGUGGCGCCACUCUGGAAAUUAUUGAACGCAACACAUUGCCACAUAAAUACAAACGUGUUCGCCGUCCCAGCGAAUCUGAUGAGGACGCCGAGAAGUGUGCCAUUUGUUUGUCAUUAUUUGAAAUUGAAAAUGAUGUGCGCCGUUUGCCUUGCAUGCAUCUCUUCCAUACUGAUUGUGUCGAUCAAUGGCUGGUCACGAAUAAGCAUUGCCCCAUCUGUCGCGUGGACAUUGAGACACAUUUAACCAAAGAUGCGCCCACCACCAGUGCUUUAUGACACCCAUCCAACACGGGACUGCUUAUGUAAAGUAAGGAGAUGUGAGCGGGCAGGAGAGAGAAUUUCAAAACUAAUAUCUGCUGCGUCCAAAAAACAUUAAUCAUUAUUAAUUGUAAUCCAAAUGAAAAAAAAAUUGUACGCAAAAAAGCAGAAAGCCUAGUUAUAAGUUAUUUAAAAGCCAAAAGAAAAGGUAAAACGUAAAAUAUCUAUAUUAUUAUUAUUAUAUACAGUAUAAUGCAUGUGAAAUUAUGAAUUAUGGCUUUAAGCAGUUUACCAAUUUUUGUAAAUAUUUAUUUUUAUAUGUAAAUAUUUUUUUCUCAUUAUAGUUAAUUUUUUUGUGAAUUACUUUUGUGUAUCACUUUUCUUUUUUUAUUAUUAUUGUUCAUAUUAUUUUUUGUUGUAAGUGGCAUUGUAUUGUAUAUGUAUAUUUAACACUAACUGUAAUGCGAUAUUUAGUUAAAAAAUAUCUAUGUUCGAAAAUCUAUUAUUGAAAUACUACUGAAUACAUUUAGUGUCACUAUUUCGUGCGAUAAAUAUUUGUAAACUUACUAAGUUCGAUUUGCGACUCAGUGAAUUAGAACAAAACUAAGCUUUGGCAAAUUAUGAAGCAAAUUAUUGUAAACAAAUAUACAUAUAGUUAAUGUGUAUAUACAAAUAAUUAUUAUUUUUAUAAAUAAGAAAUUAAUUUACAAAUUUAUAAACAUUGUUUUCAAAACAAAUUAACUGUUUUCCAAUGGUUAGUUAGUUUUGAGUAUCUGUAUCUUCUCACUGAUUUGUUCUUUGUUUCCCGCAAAAUACUAUAAAUAUUUGCACAUUAUAACACUAAUUAUUUUUAUUUAUAUAAAUUUGUAAUUAUUUUUUACAUAUUAUUUGUAGGUAGGUAUUGAAUAUCAUUUGCACAGCAGCUAAAGAGCUUCGUAAUUUGAAUAUGUAAAGCUUUAAUGUAAAAAUGCAAAAAAAAAAAAUUAAGCCUUUUUUGUUAAUAAUAUUUUAAUAUAUACAAAAGAAUAUAUGUGUACCAUUGAAUAUAUAUAUGUAUAGUAACACUUGGUGUUAACUAUAUUUUUUUUUACUGAAUUAAAAUGCCACAUUAUUUCACUCAGUUAUGAGAUUAGUGCUAAGUUCACUAACUUAACUAACUGAAUUCAAUUGUUACACAUACAAAAUAUGAUAUUUUUUUAGUUAUACCUUUUGGUCAAAUGGAAACUAAGUUAUUUAAUAAUACGAGUAUGAGUGAAAUUGUAAAUUCGGUUUGUUGCUGUAUUAUUUAGAGAUUAAUUAUAAUAUAUAUAGAAUACAAAUAUGUACAUAUGUAUAUUAUGUCACAUAAUAUUAUGUUGUAACGGUUUAUCGUUUUCGCAACAUUUAUUUAAAAUAUCUUACUUUAGAAAACCAAAUAAAUCACUCAUACACACAUAUGCAAAUUAUAAAGCAGAGAUUUUCAGUUUAAUUUCAUACAAUUGGUUUUCUUGUAUAUAUACAUAUGUAUAUGCCCAUUUUCAACCACACAUACAAAUAAAAAAUCAAUCGCAUGCACUUGUCUCAGUCUCAAACACUUAGCUUUAGUUUGUGCUCCCAAGCAAAACAAUAUAUAUUAACCAUAAAAAAACUAGUAGCAACGCUGUGCCAUAGCAUAAUAGCAUAUUGUAUAUAAAACCAAAAAGAGAAGAAAAUAAGUAUGCCACAAACACAUAAUAAAAUUCUGUAGACAUGGUAAGAUUCAAAAAACCUCAAAUCACUCAGCAAUUUGUAGAAAACAGAGUUCCUUCAAACAAAUUGCAGCAAAUCAAUUAUUGUGAAUUUUUGUAUAUAAUUUAUAUUUGAUUUUUUUAAUAAACAGUGUUAAUAUUAUAUAUCAUA